GCAAGCUCUGCUAUCCAUUCCUGGGUGCAUGCAGCAUGCUAAAAUUGGCAAAGCAAUCCCCAAGAUUAGAAGUCUCAGGUCGUGGUUGACCUUGAAACCAUGGAGACAUUCCCGGGUCGGGCACUCGCACCGGAGAGGGGACACGACGGCUUGCAUGCGCCCGGCGAUUUAGGACGGGACGGCAGCUUGCUAGAUGCGCACCACCAUUGCCGCCACACCACUCGCCGAUGCCUUCCCUCGUUUAAGUGCUCUCCACUCCCGCCUUGACGCAUUCUUCCUCCGCCGCGCAAGGACGAACAGGAGGGGCUCACACCACUGCUCCCUCCUCCCUUCUCGUCGAGACCGUCGUUGAUCGCCGCUCUGUGACUGACUGGUUCCCUCGCCGCCGGGGCCGGGCACAAUGCCGGGAGCCGUGAUCGUGCACCACCACACGAGGUACAAGACGUACCCCGGCGAGGUCACCGGUUUCGUCGUCUUCGCCUGCCUCAUCGCCUCCGUCGGCGGAUGCAUCUUCGGCUACGACAUCGGCCUCACCGCCGGCUUGACGUCAACGGACACCUUCUUGAUCAAGUUCUUCCCGUCCAUCUACCAGCAGAUGAAGGAUCAGGUGGUCGUCAACCAGUACUGCAAGUUCGACAGCCAGCUCCUGACUCUGUUCUGCUCCUCCCUCUUCCUCUCCGCGAUGGUCGCCGCCUUCUUCGCUGGACCCAUGGCCCGGGCCUUCGGCCGGAAGUGGACCAUGUUCGUCGCCGCAUCCGCGUACGUGAUCGGCGCUUGCCUCGGCGGCGCGGCCGAAAACUUUGCAAUGCUGCUCGCUGGCCGGAUCCUUGUCGGCGCCGGCGUCGGCCUCUGCAUUCACACUUCUCCGCUCUACAUCUCCGAGAUGGCGCCGGCGCAGCAGCGCGGGAUGCUCAACAUCCUGUUCCAGCUCAUGAUCACAGUGGGGAUCCUGUCGGCUAGCCUGACCAACUACUGGACGUCCAAGAUCGCGGGCGGGUGGGGGUGGCGCAUCGGCCUGGCGUUCGGCGCCGUCCCGGCCGCCGUCAUCGCGCUGGGGGCGCUGGCCAUCCCGGACACCCCCAUCUCCCUCAUCGUGCGCGGCGACGCCGAGAUGGCGCGCAAGACGCUGGCCCAGAUCAGGGGCGUCAGCGACGUCCGCGAGGAGUUCGAUGACCUGUCCGCGGCGAGCGAGGACAGCAAGGCCGUGGCGCACCCGUGGCGGGAGCUCUUCUUCGGCGGCAAGUACAAGCCCCAGCUGACGUUCUCCCUCUUCAUCCCCUUCUUCCAGCAGCUCACCGGCAUCAACGUCAUCAUGUUCUACGCGCCGGUGCUCUUCAAGACCGUCGGCUUCAAGCAGGACGCCUCCCUCGUGUCCUCCGUCAUCACCGGCCUCGUCAACGUCUUCUCCACCUUCGUCGCCAUCAUGACCGCCGACAAGGUUGGCCGCCGCGCCCUCUUCCUCCAGGGCGGCACGCAGAUGAUCAUCUCUCAGAUACUGGUGGGGACGUUCAUCGGGCUGCAGUUCGGGCUAAGCGGGACGGGCGCGAUCUCGGAGCAGUACGCCAUGUGCAUUGUGCUGUUCGUGUGCGUGUACGUGGCCGGGUUCGCGUGGUCGUGGGGGCCGAUGGGGUGGCUGAUCCCAAGCGAGAUCUACCCGCUGGCUGUGCGGUCGGUGGCGCAGAGCGUGACGGUGGCCGUCAACAUGUUCUUCACGGCCUUCAUCGGGCAGAUCUUCCUGACGCUGCUCUGCCAUUUCCGGUUCGGCCUCUUCUACUUCUUCGGCGGUUGGGUGCUGCUCAUGACGCUCUUCAUCGCCAUGCUGCUGCCGGAGACCAAGAACGUGCCCGUCGAGGAAGUCACGCACGUCUGGAGGAAGCACUGGUUCUGGCGGAAGUUCGUCAUCGACACCGCCGACGAGCGCGGCGCCGAGAUGAGGAAGAGGAUAGCGCUAGAGAUGAGCUGAUCGAUCGGUCAUGUGCUUCGUUUUUGGUAGGCAGGUGAAGGAAGAUAGCACAACCGCCGAUUAUACCUGAUUACAUUUUUAGAGUGCAGAACAUAUGAAUGUCUUCCUGUUGUAGAUUUGAUCGUGCUAGCAUACCGUCUUGUAAUUGUUCCCUUUUCUUUUGUAAUUGAAUGUUUUCUUUGUUUCAUGCCAAGUUGUCAUCACGUUUCUUUUGUAAUUGAAGCUUACUAAUUUCUCCUCCCAUAAUCUCAUUUUGCAGUGUACUAGUGACCGCUGUUCUCUUUUAAGUAUCCUCUUCUGUUCCGCACUUCCGCUGUACCAGCGUGUAUAUUGUAGGAGACUGAUUAAAAGUUUAUUUGACAAAGCUCUAGCAGAAUUUCUGCAGCUAGAGCUAGAAGAUGGAUAGAUUGAGGAUUUUUUAGUCAUCUUAUUCUUAUUUUAGAUUAAAAAUAGUUAUUUAAAUUAUUUUAUUUAAUUCUACAAACUUCACAUAUGUAUGGAUGUUAGAGCUGUAGCUUACCACUCUGGCAGACAUGAUCUAAUUCCCGAGGCAUGUAUUUUGUUGGACCUCAGUAAAAGUAUCCAGAUGAGACUGCUGCUCUAGCAGCCUGAGCCUAGAUAUUUACACUCUCCUCCUUUUGGAGAUAGGAAUUCCCUUGAGCGAAAGCAGACUUGCCCGUACAAGUUAAAAGUGUGUCUGUCGCUUUUCUCUUUUUCCCGAAUCUUUCAAAACCCUUUUCCUCUGGCUCAUUUCCCAUUUUCAAGAUAAAUUAUUCCGCAAAAUCGCAAAUAACAAAGAAUUAGCGCUGAGUCGUCUAAAAAAAAAGAGGUAGUACCGCACGAAGUCUCAACAAAACUGUCA